GACUUCUCUGUCUUCAGCAUAAUUUUGUGACAUUCGUAUUUAAACGACGGCCACCGAUAAACGUGUAUCAUAUUUCAAUGCAUAAUAAUAACAUUGUUUUGUACAGAGUAUUAAAAAAUAAAUUGCACAGUUUUUUUUAAGUAUAGUAAAUUUACAAAAAUGAAUUAUUAAAUUAUUAGUCAUUAAUAAUUUGGAAAAAUGGGCUCUACAUCAGUAUCAAUAAAUAGAAAAGUGCAAUAUUUAGCGGGCAUAAGCGUAUCCUUCGCGUUUACAUUUACCGGGGCUGCAUUAUCAUGGCCAUCGCCCGCAAUUCCAAAGUUCAGAAAUGGAGAAUCAAAUAUUCAAAUUACUGACGAGCAAAGUUCAUGGGUGGUCGCUCUCUGUCCUCUUGGAGCUCUACCUGGUUGUUAUCUUGGACAGAUUUUAUGUGAGGGAAUUGGGCGACGACGGACUGCGCUUGCGGCGCUUUUACCAGGAUUUUUAGGUGCACUCCUACUGCUAUUUACUAAGAUGCCGUGGAUUAUGUGCAUAGCAAGAAUAACGAUUGGAAUUGCAAAUGGAAUCACAGCCGUGGUGACAAUGGUAUAUUUAACAGAAAUAGCUGAUAAAGAGAUCAGGGGCGCUCUGGGAAUGCUGACUCAAGUGAUGAUUAAUGGGGGAAAUCUCGUUAUGUACGGAGUGGGUCCCUUCGUGUCAUAUACAGCACUUAACUCCAUACUUCUCUCGUUGUCGGUUAUAUAUGCCCUGCUGUGUCUCUGGAUACCAGAGUCGCCAUACUAUCAUUUGAAAGACGGGAGAAUAGAUGCUGCGAAGAAAGUAUUCAUGGUUAUUAAAGGCACUAAAGAUGAAGCGUGGGCAAAUGAACAAUUGGCUAUUAUGAGGCAACAUGUGCAAGAAAGUAUGGAAAAUAAAACAACUGCAAAAGAGCUUUUGACUAAUUUACGAUACCGAAAAGCACUGUAUAUUGUUGCAGGUCUAAAGAUCCUACAGUACAUGACGGGCCAGUGUGCGAUUCAAGCGUACUUGGAGCCUAUAUUCCGUCAGAGUAGUUCUGUGUCCGGGCCCUAUGUGAGCAUCGUGUAUGGCUUAGUCCAGUUCGGAGCAGGUAUUGGCGCAACAUUUCUAACUGGAUACUUCGGUCGCAGAAUUUUAAUGUUGAUAUCCAGUACGGGGGUUGCACUCUCUCUGACCGCUGUUGGAAUAUAUUUCUUUUUACAAGACGCUUAUCACCUUUCACCGGAGAAAUUGACAUCGAUAUCUGCAUUGCCUCUAGUUGGUGUGAUGGGUUUCAAUAUAUUGUACAGUGUCGGUUUGGGUAACUUGCCCUAUAUUCUACAAGCAGAACUAUUCCCUAUAAACGUCAAAACCGUUGCAUCAAGCUUAGCCACUAUGAUAGCAUGUAUAAUGAACUUCCUCGUCACGAAAUCGUAUCAAGGCAUCAAAGAUGUGUUCGGACAUUACACGGUUUUUUGGUCAUUCGCUAGUAUCGCAUAUUUUGGUAUAUUUUUCAUAUACUUUUUUGUGCCAGAGACAAAAGGAAAAACUUUGGAAGAAGUUCAAGAUAAUAUGAAGAAGGAGGCGGUUGAAUUAGAAUUAUUGAACAAAGAUGAUAUUGUCAAAGCCAAAGAAUAAUAAAAAAUGUAUUAUUGUAAGUUAUGUGAUUAAAAAUUCAGAUGUU